UUGGACAAACAUCCAGAAGGUCUUAGCAUCGAUAGACUGGCUGAAGCAGUCAACCUCGACAAGAGCAAGACUGCGCGCGUCUUACGAGCUUUGAUCCCUCAUGGGUUGCUUUAAAGAAGUCAAACGAGACGUCUUCGCUAACAAUCGACUAUCCCUCAUACUCAAGUCAACAAGCAAUACUGGAUAUCUUGCAAAAUUUCAAACUCAGAGCGCUCCGAAAUACGCCGGGAUUCUCUAUGAGAGUAUGAUUGACGAAGAAUUUUCUCGUUCAAAUGAGAUCGACAAAGCACCCCGGGUAUUGGCCUUCAGGAAGGAUGGCAUGAAAGGUAACUACUGGGAAGCGAUCAAGGAUAAUGAUGAGAAACGAGAGGAAUUUCACAGGGCCAUGCUUGGCCAAAAUGAGAUGACAGGCGGUUCUGCAGUUCUGCAUCACUAUCCUUGGGAUAAUAUUUCAUCUGUGGUGGAUAUCGGAUGUGGUAUUGGGACAUUUUCCACUCCUCUGGCGAAAAUGUUCCCUCAUCUCAGAAUAACUGAUCAGGAUCUCCCGGAAGUUCUUGUGGAGGCACAGGGUGUAUGGAAGAAGAAUGCUCCCGAGGCACUGCUAGACGGGCGCGUGGAAUUCGUGCCACUCAAUUUUCUCGAGGACGCACCUGUUGUCGGGAAGGAUGUUUAUUAUUUAAGGCACAUUAUCCACGACUGGCAUGACCACGAGGCAAUGACGAUCCUUCGUAACAUUCGCAAGGCCAUGAGACCAAACAGCCGAGUGUUGAUUCAUGAUUGCGUCCUCUUGCGCACAGUGCGGGAACCUGGAUUUGGAACUGACGGGUUAAGCACCGCCCCUGAACCUCUGUUGCCGAACUUCGGGGCAGGCACUCACAGAGCGUACCAAAUGGACAUGACGAUGUGGCUUGUUCAUAAUUCCAAGGAACGAACCUUGGACGAGCUGAAGAACCUUGGGGCCUCUGUUGGCUUAGUACUCAUCCAGGUUUAUGAUCUUGCAGAGACAAUGCUCAUGGAGUUCGGAAUUGCUCAGAGCUGAUUCCAGAGGCAAGUUCUUCGAUACGUGGCGUAUAUCAUUGUCUGCCGUCAUAAUUUACUGAAGACAACGAGAACAACAAACAAACUUGAAGUAGUAGAACAGACCAUGACAACUUACCCACAUAGUAGAACAAAGCCUCCGUGCUCACGCCUAGUUGUCGAAUUAUUGAAUAUUAGGGAG